GCGACGGCGAAUACAAAAAUAAAAACCGUACAUUCAACGCUAUAGUGCAUACUCCACGCCCUAAGAGCUUUCCGCUUCCCCCACCCGCUGCAUUUAGCUUCUUUGCCUCCCCCCACCCCCACUCUGUAGUGCUUCUUCAGCCUCCAACGAACAGCCUUUCCCGUCGUCAGAGACUGGUUUCAUUCAUUGGCGGCUACACUAAUAUUCACACACGCACACAGCGCGGGGUGACCGCGUUCACCGCAUUCGACGGCAUAACUUCUCACUCGUACGCGUGCAGUGGCAAAGUAAUGCAACAAAAUUCGGAGCUCCUAUCUGGGCGUGCCAAGAAGACCACAAUAACAACAGCUGACCUCGCCAACAUGAAACGACGAUCACUGUCGGGCAACUGCGGCGUCGGAGUGUUCGUGAUUGCGCUGGUGACAGUGCUGGUGGCGUUUGCGACGCCGAGCUGGCUGGUCAGCGACUACCGGAUCACCGGCGCUAAGCUAGAUCGGCUCGGCCUGUGGACGCACUGCUUCCGCUCACUGCCGGACGUGAACGAUGACUACCAGCGGCGGUUCUUUGUCGGUUGCCGCUGGGUGUACGAUCCGUUCACCACCGGAUAUGACGAGAUCCGCGGCUUCCUUAUACCACCUUUCAUGGUUGCAACGCAAUUCUUCUACACCCUCUGUGCCAUAGGCGUAAUCAUAGGCAUGGUUUUGGUACUACUGUACUUCCUAUGCGCCGGACCGGACCAGAAGUUCUUCGUCAAGCUCAUCAAGGCAAUCAGUUUCAUCACGCUGGCCGCCGCCGUCUGCGGUAGUAUCGGCGUGAUCGUGUUCGCCUGCUUCGGCAACAAGGACAAGUGGAUGCCGGAGCACGCCAACAACUGGUUCGGCUGGUCGUUCAUAUUGGCCUGCAUCGGCGUAGUGGCAUGCGGCGUAUCGUCUUCCCUGUUCUUCACCGAGGCACACGUGCAGGCCCGAAAACGGAGGCAGCUGAAGGAAUCGCAAACCCAAUUCCAGAUGGAUAGCGAAUCGAAAGCAUGAGGAGGCACAAAUGGCGGACACUUAAUGCUAUGGUAUGCUGCAUUUUUUCCGCUGAAAAAUUCACCCAGCCAAACGUACUAUUAUCAUUCAUCACGCACAAUGCCGGCUGGAAGGGCGUCUAGUGGCGAAGUAAUCGAAACGAAAUCAAAUCGUCCAAAACCCAUCCUUCGCUGCGGCAACCCAUAUCCCAGAAUAUCCCAUCGACCGAUCGAGCGUGGUGUGCAUCGAGGACAAAGUACAACAGUUAACAGUUGGUGAAGCGAUGGGACAAAAAUGCGUCAAAAAACGUACUACUUGUAGCAGAUAAGUUUCUUUUCUUGAGAGCAAUCUCAACUGGCAAACAUUCCGUCCGUUUGUUUUAGUUUAAGAGCUGUAUAUUUGCUGGGCAGUAUUUUAACAGUCUACAAAUCAUGGCAAAUAAUCUUUCCGUCCGAUUGUUUUUUUUAGGAAUUAGAUGUGCUAUCUU